GCAGUCCAGCCGAGCGCUCCUCCUCCUCCUCUCUCUCUCUCUCUCCCCCUCUCCGGUUACCCACCCACCUGGGGGCGUCUCGCUAGGCUGGUUGAGCGCGCCGUACCGGUCGGGGACCUGCCGCUGCGUCUCCGCUGCUACCUGCAGCUCAGAAUCGUGUCACGUAGGGGUUCAUGAAAUCGACUCUGCAAAGUCGAUGCAGCACUACCUUGGCAUCACCGGUCGUCUGUUCUUUGCCUGGGAUUGGCUUUCCAGAGUGAUGAAUUGCCGUCGUCCUCUGAGUCCACUUUUGAAUUGGAUUUGGGACAUAAAAUCUCCUCUCACAUGUUUCAUCCCAGUUUUGGCGUUGCUUCGUGUGCCAUAUGCCCAUAUAUAAACUGCUUAUAAGUUCCCUGCUUUUCUCUGUGGGCACAUCUGCAACUGUAUUGGUAAAGAUGGGUUGCUGCUUUACGUUUGGAAAGAAAGCUGAACAGGCCGUUCAAGGCGAUGAUGAUGUACAUCGUGUGAAAGUCUUCUCUUACAAUGAUUUGAGAGAGGCUACACAAGAUUUCAGUGGUGGAAAUAAGAUUGGCGAGGGUGUCUUUGGUUCUGUCUUCAGGGGAAUGCUUAAAGAUGGGACAGUAGUUGCAGUGAAAGUUCUAUCUGCUACAUCAAGGCAAGGUAUCCGGGAGUUUUUGACUGAACUUACAGCAAUAUCUGACAUCAAGCACGAAAAUCUCAUCACUCUUAUCGGUUGCUGCGCUGAAGGCUCUCACAGAAUCCUUGUUUACAAUUACCUUGAGAACAACAGCCUUGCACAGACAUUGCUAGGGUGUGCCAUUGCAGGAACCAUAUAUAGUAACAUUCGGUUCAACUGGCGGGCACGCGUCAAAAUUGCUGUUGGUGUUGCCUGUGGACUUGCAUUUCUCCAUGAGGAAAUCCGACCUCCCAUUAUCCACCGGGACAUAAAGGCGAGCAACAUUCUUCUUGACAAGGAUCUCACCCCCAAAAUUUCUGAUUUUGGGUUGGCGAGGCUCCUACCCAAUGCAACUCACGCGAGCACCCGAGUUGCCGGCACAUUAGGAUACUUGGCUCCUGAAUAUGCAAUCCGUGGUCAAGUGACAAAGAAGUCCGACAUCUAUAGUUAUGGAGUUCUUCUUUUAGAAAUUGUCAGUGGAAGAUGCAACACUAAUACAAGAUUACCUUCUGAAGAUCAAUUUCUUCUUGAAAGGACAUGGGGACUCCACGAGGAAGGACGUUUGGAAGAGAUCAUUGAUAUCGACAUAGGGGACGACCUGGAUGUCGAGGAGGCAUGCCGCUUCUUGAAGAUUGGCCUGCUAUGCACGCAGGACGCAAUGGCACGUCGUCCCAACAUGACCAGUGUUGUCCGGAUGCUCACAGGGGAGAAAAGGAUCCCCGUAGACAAGAUCACUAGGCCCACUAUGAUCACUGACUUUGCGGAACUCAAGGUCAGCAGCAAGGAGCAAAGAUCAAGUGAGACGCGCUCUCCCACCACAAAAUCGUUCACCACAACAGAACCAUCCUCGUCGUCGGAAAUGUCCAUGCAGUCAUGGCAAUGCGUCAGCAAUCCGUUACUUGGAUGUAACAAGAUUGAGGUGCAGCAUUCUACUCUUUAUAGUGAUCUGAAGUCAUGGAUUGCAAGGGGAGCACAAUGGCAAAGUGUAGGAUCCCAUCAUUCAUGUUUGCAACAGGCUGCCCAACAACUUCAUGGUAGAGAUGAUAUCAAAGAACGUAUAACAGAAGAGAUAUUAUUGAACAGAAAUGGUGGAAACAAUUGUUCCGUCAUUUGCAUAAUUUCCGAGGGCGGACAGGGCAAGACUUCACUGCUUCACGCCCUUCACAAUGACGAAGAGUUGUUGGAUACUUUUGACAUGAGGAUUUGGAUACAAAUGUCUGCCAAAUUUGACAGAGAAAUUUUGUUUAGGAAGAUAAUCGAGUUUCCCACGCAUGCCCCUUAUACAACUACCGACCUCAGUUUUCUGGAAGAAAUGGUUAAGGAGGCACUCACUGAUAAAAAGUUCUUGAUUUUGUUGGAUGAUGCAGACAUAGAGGACAGACUCUUUUGGACUAACGUGUUAGAAGUUCUAAAUGCUGGUGCAAAAGGCAGCGCUGUUGUUGUAGCUACAACUUGUGGCACUAUUGGUGCUCUUACAGGUGGAGCAAUACAUUCCUAUCGCUUGGGUCCUUUAUCCGAAGAAAAUAGCUUGAUUCUUCUUGAACAGUAUGCUGGUAAGGGCCAUGAUAUUAAGAGGUACCCGGAAUUAGUGGCCAUUGCUAAGAAGUUAAUUGCCAGAUUUGGGGCUAAUCCCCUUAACUUGAAGGCACUUGGUGGUCUUCUAUGCCAUACAGAUACGGUUAUCCUGGAACAGGACAAGUUGGAAGGGAACAUAAUCUCAUGUUUACAUCUCUGUCAUAAUGUUUUACCAGAACAUCUCAAGAAUUGCCUUGCAUUUUGUUCCUUGUUCCCCAAAGGUUACAUAUUUGACAUACAUCAUACAGUCCUCCUAUGGCUCUCUCGAGGUUUUGUCGCGCCUGUCGUUAGGCGUGAACUUGAAGAUGUUGGAAUUGAAUAUUUCACUGAGUUGAUGUGCAGAUCAUUCUUUCAGUACUCACCAUCUCAUGAUUGUAAAGAUAACAAGUUCGUGAUGCAUGAUCUUAUUUACGAUGUGGUGGCAUCUGUCUCCCGUGACACAUAUUUCAAGUCUGAGGAUCUCCUGAGCAGCCUAUAUGAAAAUAUUCUUCAUUUGUCGCUCGUUUCCUCUCAAUUUCAGACUGUCGAACUGAUGUCCAAAACAGAAGAGUUGAAGGAUUUGCAAACAUUCCUGGUGGUGCAACCUGAGUGGCAACCGUACAAGAUUUCUCCCCCCACCUUAAAUCUUGUCGGUUUAGACGAUUUCUUUCUGAAGUUCACAUCCUUAGAGACGCUGGAUCUGAGCCAUACUGACACUGAAGAGCUCCCAGGGUCCAUUGUUGGCCUAAGAAACCUGCAGUACUUAUCUGUCAGCAACACAAGCAUCAGGGCUCUGCCAUCUGAGCUCUGCUGCCUCAGCAAUCUUCAGACACUGGAAGCGAAAGACUGCCGCUUCCUCACCGAAUUACCUGGGGACACAAAGAAGCUGAUUAAGCUGCGCCAUCUUGAUGUGACCAAAGAUCUGGGCUACGUUCAAUUGCCACAAGGUGUAGCACAGCUUUCUGAGCUCCGGACACUGCCAGUCUUCCAUGCAAGCAGUCACCCGUCACACUGCUCGGUCAGUGAGCUGGGAAACUUGCAGAAUCUGAGGGGUUGCCUUCAGCUUUCAGGACUUGAAAAUGUCAAAACUGGCAGCAAGGCUCAGGAGGCUGGCCUGAAGGAUAAGCAUCACCUAAAGGAUUUGACACUGCAAUGGCACGAUGGUGGCAUCAACAUUGAUGAUGAAGACGAAGACGAAGACACAGAAAAUAUGGCUGAGCAGGUCCUUGAAAGCCUCCAGCCGCACACCAAUCUGCAAGAGCUCACAAUCAGAGGUUUUGAGGGCAGUUUGUUCCCUGCUUGGAUGCAGGGAUCUUCUUCCUUGCCCAACUUAGUGUCACUCACAUUGGACAGCUGCUGCAACUGCACCCAAUUCCCUGCCAUCGCCCAGCUGCCAUCUCUCAAGUUCCUGGGCGUACGGAAGAUGUACGACGUGAAGAGGCUAACCAACAACACACAUGGCACGACCAAGUUCCCAUCUCUGGAGCUGCUAAAUCUGUGGGAGAUGUACGGUUUAGAAGAGCUGUUCGAAGCAUCCGAAGGCGACUGCCCUCGCCUGCACAAAGUCUGCAUCAGUAGGUGCCCGGACCUGAAGAGGCUGCCCUGCACCCCUUCUUUGACCGAGCUGGUUCUCCACUGCGGCCACCAGCUCCCCGACAUCCCGGAGCUCGAGUCCCUGGUGUCGCUGAAAAUCGAAGGCUUCCACGGCGUCAAGUUGUUUGGCUUGCCGGCGUCCGCAGCACUGCCAUCGCUGAAGAAGCUGGAGAUCAGGUCCUGCAAGGAGCUCUCGUCGGUGGACGGGCUGACGGUGCUGACCAGCGUUCAGAGGCUUAAGGUAGCAGGGUGCCCCAAGCUUGUUAUGCCAAGAACUGAUAGCAUGACGACCUGAAUAAGCAAAUGACGUGUUACUGGCCUUCUUGCUCAUCAAUUGGCGCACGGCGACACAUUACAUGCCUUCUGAGUUCUGGCUGACUGAUUGCAGGAGGCACUAGCAAUCUGUGCGUUCAAGAGGACAAUUGGCACCCUGGCCUCCUGAGUCAUGGACCACGUCUGGUGAAGAAGAUCCGUUGGCCUCUCGCACAUUCAUUCCCUUUUGUCACAUGGAUGAAAUCAGCGACAAGACCACAAGGGAGCACGUGGUGGCUCCCAGGAAAUGCGGUGUCGAUACCUAAAGCCCCGUUUGGAUUAGAUUUUUUAUUUUGAGAAUCUAGAAUUUUGUAUGGAUUUUGAAAAUUUAGAUUCUGAGUAAAAUCUAGAUUGUGCUGUUUGGAUACUAGAUUCUAGUAGCUGAUUUCAUGGUUAUUUGAUGAAUGCAUC